UAACCCUGAGACUCCAUCACCUUUAUCACGACCAUGCUCGGCUUCUUUAGAGCAGGAGUCAAGGCCUUCUUCAUCUCGCCCCGCAAUUCCGCCGGCGCUACAUCCCACCUCCUGCAAAAGACAGGCUCCCAAUGCCUCCUCGUCAGCAGCGACGAGGGUAUGCAGCAGCUUGCCGAAGCAGCCAUCGAGCAGGACAAGCUUUCCGUGUUGGUGAAGCCGAUGCCGACGUAUGAGCAGCUCUUCAAAGACACUCGAGAAGCAUCAGUCCCACUGCUCGGCAGCUACGACGUCGACGCCGUGGCUCUAAUACUGCACUCGUCGGGCUCGACGAAUUUCCCCAAGCCGAUCCCGCUCACGCACCGCAACCUCAUCGAGUGGGGACGCGGAGCCCACGGGGAGCGGAAUUUCGAAGGCGAGGUUCUCGGCGGCCACAGCUUGGCGUUUUUCCACGCCAUGGGAGUAAUCGCACCCCUCUGGUGCGCCAGCACAGGCAUGCAGCUCGCCGUCUUCGCGCCGCGCAGCCCGCCCACGCGGCCUACGCCCGAAUCCGUCUACACCGCCACCGUAGCCACGCAAUGCACGUACGUCUUCUGCGUGCCCAGCCACAUUGAGCGCUGGGCCAGCAUGCCCGAAACGCACGCCUACCUAGCACAGCAGCUCAAAGCGCUAGCAUACUGCGGCGCGCCCCUCGGCGCCGACGCUGGCUCCCUCCUCUCCGCCAAAGGCGUGAAUCUGCAGCCGUACUUCGCCGCUACCGAGACGGGCGGCAUGUCGCUGUUUCUGCCGGGCGAGCGGUCGCGCGCGCAAAAUGGCGGCUGGACGCGCUUCCGCGUCGCGCCGCACUGUCGUGUAAGGGUUGUACCGCGGAGAGGAGAGGGGUCGGAGGAGGAGGGGGAUGGGCUCGCGGAGCUGGUGUUCUUGCGGGGGCCGAGACACACGCCGUCGGUGUUCAACACAGAGUUUGCGGGCGAGCCGGCGUACACGACUGGCGAUCUCGUGGUGCCCGAGACGGAGGACGGGGUUCCGUAUUUCCGGUUCUACGGGCGCGAGGACGACCAGCUGCUCCUGUCGACGGGGGAGAAGACGAACCCGGCACCGAUUGAGGCAGCCCUCUUACAGGACGCGAACGUGGGCGGCGUGGUGCUCUUCGGCGACGGGAAGCAGCAGAACGGGGCGCUGGUGCAGGCGUCGGCCGCGUACCUGUCCCGGGAAGAAAAAGAAGAAGAAGACGGCACACUCACGCGCGACGAGAAACUCGCCCGUUUCCGCACCGCCAUUGCGCCCGCCCUGGCUAAUGCGAAUGCGCUCGCGCCCUCGCACAGCUUCAUCUUCCCCGAGCUCGUGCUGCGCGCCGACCACGGCCCGUUUGAGCUCACGGCUAAGGGGACGGUGCGCCGCCGCCACACGCUGCACGCGUUUGCGCGCGACAUCGAGCAGGCCUACGCCGAGGUGGAGCGGUCCACGCUGCCGGCGCUGCGCGGCCCCCUGCCGGGUGCUUGGUCCCUGAAUAACACGGCGGAUUUCGUCGCGGCGGUUGUGCGCGAGGUUGUGGGCGAGGGCGUGCCGCCUGAUGCCGAUAUCUUCGCGUAUGGCGCUGAUAGCCUGCAGGCGACGUGGGUGCGGAAUGCGCUUUUGCGCGCGCUGAGGGAGGCGGGGUUUAGGACGAGGGAGAUUCCGGCCGAGUUUGUCUUCCAUUUCCCAAGCAUCCAGCAGCUGUCGGCCUUCCUUUUCGGCUACAGCUUCUCGCACAACGCAGCAGAAGCAGCAGCAACAGAAGAAGACGCGCAAGCGGUCGUCUGGCCCGAGCUAGGCCGCCCAGGCGAGACCAUCGUCAAGCUGCGCGAGGGCGAGAACCCGCUCAUCGUCAUCCACGGCGCGGGCGGCACCAUCCACGCCUUCCCGCCGCUGCAGGAGAAGUUCCGGAGCGGGCUGUGGGCCAUCCAAGUAACGCCCGACACGCCGCUCACCUCGCUCGAGGCCCUCGUCGCCUUCUACCACGCGGCCAUCAAGCGCGCCCAGCCCCGCGGCCCGUACCGCCUCUCGGCCUUCAGCGCCACGUCCAUUGUCGCCCUCGCGCUGGCCAAGCGCCUCGAAGCCGACGGCGACGCUGUCGCGCAGCUCGCGCUGCUGGACCACGUGCCGGGCUUCUACGCGUGUCCGUUCUACGGCAUCGACGCGGGCAUGCUGCAGGAUGAGGCGCGCCUGAGAGCGUUUUACGGCAUGUGCUGUGAGGGCAUCUGCGACUUGCUGAGGCGGGACGGCGGGGGCAGGGUGCCGCGGCGGCACCAGCUGGCAAGGGAGCUGGUGAGUUGUUGUUUGCUGGUUGCUGUUUGACUGACAAUGACGGCUGGUGAUGCAGGCGGAUGCCUUCGCCGGCAAGCCCGACGUCCCCGCCUUCUCGGCCACGUACUGGCGCACCGUCGAGCA